CUUGAUCACUCUUACCAAUCUAGUUGCUUUGGUCGGAAAAAAGAAGUUAAAAAAAAAAUUGGAUUAAACGAUUCGGAUGGUUUCGCAGAUGAUCUCGUGUUUAACUAAAUCUCCAUCUCUUUUCUGCAUCUCUGGUCCCCGGAGUUUAAUUCCGCCGAAGACUUAUAACCGCGGCGGUUUGUACCGGUUUUCUCCGGGAUUCGCUGGCCGCCGGUUAUCUACGGUUAACCGGAGGAAAUGGAGAUCCGCGUGCAUUUUCAACUCUGGGAAAGAAACUGAAGGAGAGGGAAAGGGAGGUGGGUCGGAGUGGUUGAUACUUGAGAGAUGGGAAGUGCCAUGGGAAUGGCAGACAGUUUCUUUAACUUCGCUUGCUUGUGGUUUAAGUUUUGUUUUGACAGGAUUAACUGAGAUGGUAGCCAUACCUUAUCUAGGAAUCGAUGUUCAGAAGCUGAGCCUGGACGAAAAGGCUGAGAUUUUAUUCCUGGAUCAAGGGUUAACAACUGCAGUGGUACUUGCUGUCAUAUUCACCGUUGCCAGAACAUUUGAGCCACUUCCUCUAGACAUUUUGCGUUAUGAUUUGAAAGAACCCUUUAACUUGCAAAAAGGAUGGCUCGUGUGGAGUGGGAUCGGUCUGGUUGGUGCUGUUGGCGCUAUUGCGUUAACAGGUGUUGCUUUGUCCUUAUUCAGGACAGAGGCACCAGAAAGAGAGGUAGACUCUUUGAUGAAGCUUCUCCCAUUAAUUGGAUCCUCAAACAUAAGCACGUUAAGCUUAGUGGGGAUAACUGGAGUCCUUGCUCCACUUCUUGAGGAGACAGUGUUUCGCGGUUUCUUCAUGGUCUCUCUUACCAAAUGGGUUCCGACCCCAAUAGCGGUCAUCAUCAGCUCAGCUGCGUUUGCACUUGCGCACCUCACACCCGGUGAAUUCCCACAGUUGUUUAUGCUAGGAUCGGUUUUGGGAUUAUCGUAUGCGCAGACCCGCAAUCUCAUAACCCCGAUGGUCAUACACGGUUUCUGGAACUCGGGAGUUAUUUUGCUGCUCACUUUCCUUCAGGUCCAAGGGUAUGACAUCAAGGAACUAUUGUUGCAGGGAAACUAGCAAGAGAUUGAGUAUUGAACUGUAGACUCGUCACGGUCGUUCCCCUAUAAAGUGAAAUGCUUGUAAUGCCCACUAAAAAGCUCAAUGCUAAAUUACAAAAGAAAGGAAGCAAAAACAUUCACAUU